GGGGUGACACCUGGGUCUGCUCCCAGGGUUGGUGGUCCCGGGGGGUCAGGCCUGGCCAGCUGGGUCCCUUCCCAGGAAGGAGGGGCUGCACAUCGAGUGGGGGCCAACACCUGGCGGUGCCCCCUCCCCCCCGCAUCCUUGGGACCAGGUACAUAUAUCUGGGCCGUGGGCGCGGGGGACGGCACGACACGAUGGCGGCGGUGCUGGCAGUGGUGCUGGCGGCGGUGCUGGUGGUGUGCGGGGCCCAGUGCCCGACCCCCGCCGACCUGAAGCCGGCCAACGGCACGCGGAUCUGCGCACAACUCUACACCGAGGACAGCGCCUACUACAACGAAUGCUGCGCCGGGAGCUCGCUGGCAGUGCUGCCCGGCGCUGAUGUCCCCUACAUGCCCAAGGGCUGGGCCGGCGAAGUCUCCUCGCUGGUGGUGGGCACGCGCUGCGAGCUGACGGUGUGGUCACGGGCCGGCAAGAAAGGCAGCACAAAGCACUUCUCGGCGGGCGCCGUGCCGCGGCUGCAGGAGGUGCGCAGGGGGCUCUUCUUGAACUGGAACGAUGCCAUCAGGUCCUACUACUGCAAGUGCAACUGAGGAGGGCACGGGGCCGCUCGGGGCUGCUCCACGCAGCGUGGGUCACCACCAGUCGACGUGGGUCAACACGGGUCAACGUGAGUCAACAUGCACCAACGCGGGGUAACAUCAAUGUGGGUCAACGCUCAACACCAGUCACUGUGAGUCAACACUCGUCAAUGUGGGUCAACGCAAGCGAGUGCAGCUCAACACAGGCCGGGGAUAGUCAGUGUGGGUCAACGCGGUCGCCAUCAGCCCAUGAGCCACGGGCUCCUCCUGCGGCCCAGCACGCCAGGAUGAGUGGACACAGGUCCCCACCAGUCAACGCACAUCAUUGCACGUCCAAGUGAGCCCGCGUGGGCCCAUGCAAGGCCCUGCGGAGCAACACGAGCCAGCGCGCAUCGACGUGUGCCUACGGGCUCAGCACCAGCCCCUGCCCAACCCCAUGGACCACGGAUGCAUGGCAGUGCCAGGCCCCCCCCGUGCCCUGACCCCACACAGCUCUGAGCGCAGCCAAUAAAGCUUUGAGGAUGUGCA